CGGACAUCGCGAGCGCCUGCGCGAAGGGGUACGCAUGCGCAGAGGGGCCCGCCCGCUGACAGAUUCUCGGUGGCGGCGGCAGCGGCGGCGGCCCUGGACUGCGGGGAAUGGGAAUCCUAGGUCCCUGACUGAGCACCUCCCCCGCCUCCCUGCCCCCGACAUGGCUCAGGAGAAGAUGGAGCUAGACCUGGAGCUGCCUCCGGGUACGGGCGGGAGCCCGGCGGAGGGCGGUGGCAGCGGCGGCGGCGGGGGCCUCAGGAGGUCUAACAGCGCCCCCCUGAUCCACGGCCUCAGUGACACUUCGCCGGUGUUCCAGGCCGAGGCGCCGAGCGCCAGGCGGAACAGCACAACGUUCCCGAGCCGCCACGGCCUGCUGCUACCGGCCUCCCCUGUCCGCAUGCACAGCAGCCGCUUGCACCAGAUCAAACAAGAAGAGGGCAUGGACUUGAUCAACCGAGAGACGGUCCACGAGCGGGAGGUGCAGACCGCAAUGCAGAUAAGCCACUCCUGGGAGGAAAGUUUCAGCCUGAGUGACAACGACGUGGAGAAAUCCGCCUCUCCCAAGCGCAUCGAUUUCAUUCCUGUGUCACCAGCACCGUCACCCACUCGGGGAAUUGGGAAGCAGUGUUUUUCGCCAUCCUUGCAAAGUUUUGUAAGUAGCAACGGAUUGCCUCCAAGCCCCAUUCCCAGCCCAACGACCCGAUUUACCACCCGGAGAAGCCAGAGCCCCAUCAAUUGCAUUAGACCAAGUGUUCUUGGACCAUUGAAAAGAAAAUGUGAAAUGGAAACUGAAUAUCAGCCAAAGAGAUUUUUCCAGGGCAUCACCAACAUGCUUUCUUCUGACGUUGCACAGCUGUCAGAUCCUGGUGUGUGUGUAUCUUCGGAUACCCUUGAUGGAAACAGCAGCAGUGCCGGAUCUUCUUGUAACUCACCAGCGAAAGUCAGCACUACCACCGACUCUCCUGUGUCACCUGCCCAAGCGGCUUCUCCAUUUAUUCCACUAGAUGAACUUUCGUCUAAGUGAUUCACUCAUCCUGAGACUUUCUUUUUGCAGUGGAGAGAGAGAAUAAUCAAGUUGGGGCAAACACUGAACUUUGUCAAUUAAUUUGAGGCUAUUUCCUAUUUGACCCCUUUUCUUUUUUGAAAUUUCCUGAAAUGAUGUUAUUCUAGAGAACUUCUAUGUCAGGUUCCUUUGGAUACCCUUGAAUUCAGUGUAGUAAUAUUUUCAGACGUUUCCCCAAUAAGUGUGUUGAAGCAUACAUCUUUACGCUGCUAAUAUGUCUAAAUACAUAUGUUAUCCCUUGAUUUUUUUAAAUAAUUGAGAGCUCUAUUUAUUUAUGGGAUUAUUAAGUUCUGAUGAAAAUAUAAAUGUUGACUUAAUCAGCAUAGUAAACUGAUGUUUAAAAUUCCAUACUUCAUGCCCACACUAAUUUUUAAUGUUAUUUUCAGUGGUUGCCGAUUUCCAUUUGAUGAAGAACUAUACAGCUUAAAAAAAAUACGUUAGUUAUAUCAAUCUAGUGGUUGUCUGUUUUACCCAGGAAUUCUUGGAUAUUUAGUUUUCUGGGUACUAAAGUGGAUGGGAGGGGAAAUGAUUAAAGAACAAAUUAUAAAAGUUUGCAACAAAUCUUUUCAAAUUAAGUAUAUAAAAGUAAACUUUUAAGAAAAACAUUUUUAAUGAGAUUUUAAUAGUAAUUCCAGUCAGUCAUACAACUAUAACUGCUAUAGAGAAAAUUAAAAUUUUCCCUUUUUUUUUUUAACCAGAAAGUGCAUUUGCUUGGGUGUAAUCCUAAAGUGAAAUGAGACAGUGCCUUGCAGUCUUUGCCCACUGUACAUAGGCUAAGGCUAAGCUCUUUGUGCUACUGCAAGUUUAAAAGUUUUUCAAAUGUAGAAAACGUGUUGGAAGGCUUGUUGAACUUUGGCGCACCCAGGUAAACAAUACUCUCUCAAUUGUUUAUAUACUUUAAAAUAUUCAGUUGUGCCUCAGUUCCAGAAAUUAUUGCCAACCAGGAGCCAGAGCAAUUUUUGGCUACUUUUCUGCUGUGCCCAUCUGUCACCUUACUGGUUUUCCCUUGUUCAGGAAGGAAGCAGCUGUUUCCUUGCCAACAGGUCCCUUCCUCUCCAUCUCCCACCAAACUAGGGCACCAUUGAUUAGACAAAGGUACCGUGUAACUUGGGUUUCUGACAGCAACAACAGGACUGUGAAUUGUUUAACCUCUGUGGUUAAAGCUACAGCUUGAGUUGACUGCCUUGGGGAUGUCAGUUAAUUAAGGGGUGAUGAUUUGCAAGAGAAAACUAGUGGAGAGUCACAUAGGUAAAUCAUUAUUUAACUUAGGUUUUGCUAACGGUAGAAUAGUCGAAUGUUCUUUUCUUUGCCUUUACAAUUAAGACAAAAUAAUAAGAAUAGCAAAAUUUUUUUAUAUUAUGCUUCCUUAUACCUCAUAUAUCUUCCUUAACUAGAUAGUUUGACAGAAAGAAUGGCAUACAAAGAGGAAAGGGGAAAAAUGACUCAGAACAAGACAAAAGCCCUGACUUUUUAAAGUUAUCGCUUACAGAGACUUUAACAAUUUUGUGGAAUUUUUACAACUAUGAGAAUAAAUGGAACUGGUCAACUCUUGA